AUGUCACCUUCAGUGCUUCACGACGAGACCUUCGAUGAGGAAGUCCCGGUCCUAAUCAUUGGUGGGGGCCCGUCCGGUCUAUUUUUGGCCUUCAUGUUGGAGCAACUUGGCGUCCGAUCACUAAUUGCUGAGAAAUAUGCGACCAGAUUGGCUGCCCCCAAGGCUCACGCCCUAAGCCCUCGGUCACUCGAGAUGUGCCGUCAGUUCAGACUAGAUGUGAACGAGAUUCGCAAGGUCGGAACCUCUCGCAGCGAUGCCUAUUGGGUUAACUUUAUUACGAGCUUGGCUGGCGAGCAUGUGGGCAAAUUACCCUAUGAGCGCAUGGACGCUGAAGUCCUUAACAGUACCCCCACUAUGAUUCACAAUAUCCCACAGCCUGCUUUUGAAGAGCUGAUUGCCAAGAGGCUAUCUAAGAGCAGCCUGGUCGAGAUUCGCAAGAACCACGCCUUUGUCGACUUGAAACAGUUUGACGGCCAUGUCAUCACAACAAUCAUGAACCGCGAUUCAAAAGAACCAUACAAAGUCCGCUCGAAGCAUGUAGUUGCCUGUGACGGCGCAAAGAGUGCCGUGCGCAGCUUCCUGGGCAUUGAAAGCGAGGGCGAGGAUUCUUACGAAACAAUGAUGACCAUCCACGUCAAUGCGGAUCUACGUCCCAUCGUUAAGGAGCAGGUCGGUAUGCUCCAUUGGGUUAUGGAUCCUUUGGUAUCUGGUUUUAUAAUCGCCUAUGACUUGUCCGGAAAUCAAGUUCUGAUUUGCAAUUUCGACUCCAAAAAAUGGCCAGUAGAAUCAUGGAAUGAAGAGCACUGCCGCAAGGUCGUCGACGCUGCCAUCGGUGCGAAGGCCAAGUAUGAUGUUCUCAGUUUCCGUCCCUGGAUCCUGAGCCGAAAGGUCGCCAAGUCCUACAGCGACGGACGAGUUUUCCUUGCUGGCCUGAACUCCGGGCUCGGCGACGUCCACAACUUGGCUUAUAAGCUAGCCGCCGUGCACCAUGGCUCUGCAAAGGACGCUACUUUGGAUACAUACGAUGCCGAGCGCCGUCAGGUUGCCCUGGUAAACUCACAACAGAGUGUGAAGAACGGAAAGAAGAUUUUUGGUUUGCUGAAGACUCUCGGCACUACUGAUCCUGAUGUCGACGUUGCCCGUCACAAUCUAUACCAAACGAUCCAUGAUGAAAAGGCUAUGGUCGAUAUCAACGAGGGCAUCGAGGGCCAGCGUGAGCAUUUUGAUAACCUCGGCCUACACAUCGGUUACGUGUACGGCGACAAGCGCAUCCCCGACAAUGCAUCCGUGUACGAGCCCGUCUGCGUGCCGGGAGCUCGUCUGCCCCAUGCUUGGAUCAAACUCGUUGAUUCUGAGAAGGUGCAGCUUCCUGCGAUUGACUCAACAUACGUUGGCGUCGAUUCCCAGAAGGUAGGGGAAAUGACCUACUCUACACUAGAUCUGUGCCGCUUUGACUCCUUCACUAUCUUGGUCGACAAGAGUUCCUCCUCGAACUUCGAAUCCGCCGUUCAACAGGCGCUCAAGCAGCUUCCUGCAAAAGUGGCCUCUAAAUUAUCACUGCAAGUGGCUGUCAAAGGUGUGGACUUCUUGCUGCAGCCUGGUCAGGAAAAGUGGGAUGAUGUGGUGCCGUUGAAGGAAGGUCAGGCGGUAUUGGUGCGUCCAGACCAACACAUUCUAGCCGUGUUGGACCGGAACACUAGCGCAGCUCAAAUUCUAGAGGCUUUGGGGAGUCAUUUGGGCUGGUAG